CGCUGGCUGAGGGUUUCAGCGGCUGUGAGAGCAGAAGGAGAGAAGCGCCACUGCAGCGGAUAAACAGCUCUGGAGGUUGGAGAAGCACGAUGCCUGAGGUCAAGUCGAUGUUCAGAGAGGUUCUGCCCAAACAAGGUCAGUUGUCCAUGGAGGAUGUUCCCGCCAUGGUGCUGUGUAAACCAAAACUGCUGCCCCUGAAGUCCGUAACGCUGGAGAAGCUGGAGAAGAUGCAGCAGGAGGCGCAGGAGGUGAUAAAGCAGCAGGAGCUGGCCCUCAGAGAGCAGCAGCAGGCACAACCGGAGCAGGAGCAGGCUCAGUAGGGCACACUGUGAGGGGAUGAAGUGCGCACUUCCAUCAUGACCUAAUAUCACAACAUAUCGCUGUAGCUGGAGCCCAUCUGUAAUGAUCCAUCAGCGCCAAGCCGUUCCGCAUUGUUCGGUGUUCAGUUUGUAGUUUUGCUGUUUGCGUUACGUGAUUAUGUUUGACAUCCAAUAAGCUUCUCCUUUAAUGUGAAUGUGUUCGUGAAUUCAUAACGUCCUAAACUGGAGUUGAUUGAUGACAGGUGCAGUUUAGCUCCGCCCACCCACACUGAAGUUAUAAGGAGUGUUUCAGCUGGGUUGAUUUUUGAAUGGUGCACAAUAGAGUCAGCACGUGAGCACAGAGCUUAAUGGGCCUCAUUCACUAAUAUCUUAAUAUUAGUGUACUAUUAAGACACUAAUACUAACUAAUAUUAAGUUUGUUCUUCAGAAAAAAAUCUACAUCAGGGGCCGUACUACAGUCUGAGAUCUGCUUUGUUGUCAUGGCAACUUCAGUUAAGACUGAAGUUAAGGACAGAAGCCAUUACAGAACAACAGUUGUUAAGUCUGUAAUCUUGUCUUAUGUCCAGAUAAGAAAACCGUUUUUACAGAAGCAUCUCAAGUUGCCAAAAUAUCCUAAAUAUUUUCUUAACUUUAAGAUAAACCCCAGAUCUGUCUUAACUUCUGUUUAACCGUCUGUUUCUAUUGUUUUAUAUGCAGUGAUGGGCAGCACAGUUCACUGUAACCAGCAUAAUGACGCUACAUUUAUCUACCCUGAAAACUGCUUUGACUUUGACAGUGUUUAAGAGCCCCAGACGCUGCAGACACGACCUCCACCGCCCCCCCCUUAUCACCUUUGUGUGUUAAUGUUGAUGAUAAAAUAUUACAGUGAUGGUGGUGAAUAAUGAGGAGACAGAGCUGAACGUGUGUCUGUUUAUUAGGAGGAAUAACGUUAGCGCCCUCGGCUAAAGCGUUUGGGGAAAUGGAGACUGAAACUGAGAGCGGCGACUCUGAUAAACAGCACGAAGCGCUAAAACAAUAUUCUUAACUCUCAGUUUAUCGCGCUUCAGUUUUGUUUGACCUUUUUUACCUCAGUAACGGUAGCUAACGUUAGCUGCCUGGCUAACUAACUUGAUUACGUGUUUACGUUUCAGCUGUGCCGGUAUGGUCGGUUGCUAGGCAACAGACACGACAGUUGAUUGUCAACCUCAAUCGAGUAAGUUAAGAUUUCCUAACUUGAGAUGAGAAAAGAUGCUGUAAGAUAAGAUCCUGUAAUACGAAUUUGUGAGAGAUCUUAUCUUGACCUGUCAGACCUUAAGACAGGAAGGUAAGAAUUUUCUGUAAUACGGCCCCAGAUUCACUACGUGUUCUUAAACCGGAGAACUGUUCACACCUCUGUGCUGUCGAGUGUGUGUAGAUUCUGUUCUUGACUAAGCUACUGCUAGCGUCUAGUGCUAACAAGGAUAUUGAAGCAAAAACAGCUCAGAUCUGAGUCUUUAUCCUCUACAUUUACCUCAGUGCUGUAAAUUUACCUCAGUACUGUAAAUUUACCUCAGUGCUGUGUCAGUGAGCUGGAAUUUGCUGGGGGUUUAGCCUUCUCGCUAAGCUACUGCUAGCUUCUAGUGCUAACGAGGAUACUGAAGCAAAGGUAGCUUAAGCUAACAGCUCCACACAUGAAAAACAAUCUGUUCUUACCUAAGAACCUAAGAACAAAUCCCAAAUUAGAAAGCACUGGUGAAAGUCAGAAUCUUCAUCAAAACUGCAUGAAUGGGUACAUUUUUUUCUUAAGGACGGUUGGUGAAGGAGGCCCAUUGUUGCUGUUGAAACAAACUCUUCUAUCUCCAUUUUUGUCAUUUAUUAGUUUUUUUUUUUCAACAAAAUUUGAAAAUAACAGCUUUUACAUGAUACAUUUGAAUAAAGACUGAGCCAAUAGAAAUCAUCCAACAUGCUCGCAUUAAUUUCCAUAUCAAGUUAUGACUGUUUUUCCUUCUCCUGUGAAGCUCACAUUUUGGAGAUCGAGGUUUUGUUGCGACAGUGAUGACAUAUCAGUCUUAAACGCAGCUUGUUUAAGUCUGAGACACUAAGCUUCAGCUUAACCCAGGUUUAGAGACUCGAGCUAUGAUUAAUCUUGCACUAUCUAUGCACGAUCAGUCUCGCCGCAGCCACUGUGUUUGUGCUUACUGGACUAAAACUUACUAUAAAUAACAAAAAUCUAAAGUAUGGUUCGUUUCCUCUGAUAAAAGAGCGAUAUUUAUUAUGUGAUUGACGCCAUAAACUUCACUCAGGAGAAAAAGGAGGUCUAACUCUGCCAGAGGGGCGUUUUUAUGACCACUUUCUAGGGCCACUUUUAAUAAAAAUAAAAAUAGUAGACUUUGAGAAUAAAACUGUAAUAUUUUGAGAAAAAAGUCGUACAGUAUGAUAUUUUGAGACUGAAAGUCUUACUAUUUUAAGGAAAAAAAGUCAUAAUAUUAAAAAAAAAAAAAGUCAUAGAAUUACAACAUUAAAGUGGCAUUAAUACAGGAAAUAUUGUGGCCAAAGGCUUUGCGAAGGGAAGCAGCACUUCCUCGUGAGGAGGUGGUUUAGUUCUACUCUCAUAUCGAUUUACCCAUAAAGAAACACUCAGUCUCCCUGUCUCUCCUGCUCAUCAGCACCAGCCUGUUAUUAGUAUAAGAACCGGCUGAAACGGCGGAGCAGGAAACUGUUUAUCUAGAGUAAAGAGCCAGACGGACUCGGAGGAAACUGUCUGUCUGUGUUGUUGAAGGAGAAUCUCAGGCAGGGUCGUCUACACGGCUAUCAGGAGCUACAUCUCCCCCCAUUCAAAGAGGGCAUGAAGUUUCACACACAGUGAGAAUGAUAAAAUGAUUGUUCCCCAAAGAGACUGGAGUGAGAGGAACUCCGGCGCCAGUACAGCAACCGAGACCCCGACGCGUUAUGGCAGCCCCCUACAGUUAGCCCACUUUACCCUCCAAAUAUUACGACUUCAUUCUCGAAAUAUUACGACUUUUUUUCUCCAAGUCUACUGUUUUUAUUUUUAUUAACAGUGGCCCUAAAACGCUGUUGUACGUUUCUAAUUGGUCCAAGAUCCCGAACUUGACCAGUCCUGGACCAGGUUAGCUCAAAGCUGAUGUAGCCCAGUAAACAGUGAUCCAUUGUCUAGCGAUAGAAGAUCCAAUGUUAGAACAAACUAAGCUUUAAGUGAGCUGGCUGAGCAAGAAAUCCUGCUUCGGAAAAGACAAACCAAGCUGUGAAUUUACAAACACAUCCAUUAAUAUUCUGUAUAAUGUCUUCCUAAAGCAUUAUUUAUAUCUGGAGAUUAAGUACUUUAAAUUACACCAUUACUACAUGAAAAGUCUGGACCGUUUUCAUUGCCAUUGCAAAGGGGCGAACCAUCAUCUAUCAACAAACCAUCAUCUCCUGAAGAUAUGACUGUGCUGCAUGAUCAGCUACGGCUUGUAUGUAGCUUUUUGUAGAUAAUUUAGAAACACAUUUCAUUUAUUUUCAACACCAUUUGUCCUGAAAUAUGGCAACGUUUCAAAUAUAGACAUGAAUAUUUAUCCAAAA